AUGAACUGUUUCUCGUGUUGUUUGUCAGAAGAAAAAAAUCACAAAAGGUCUCUGAGAAAAAGCAUUGAGGAAUUCAAAAAGAGCAUCCAGGAGCACCAAGAAACAAGGACUAUAGCCUCAUUCGCUAACAUUUCCUUUAAAUCUGAUAGCAGCAAAAGGAGGUAUAUAUGUGAAGAAAUUGAAAAAAUCGGAAAACAGAAUAUUUCAGCUCAGAUUUUCACAUUCCGAGAAUUAUCCCUUGCUACUGAUAACUUCAAUGCUGAACGUUUGAUUGGUGAAGGAGGUUUCGGUAGAGUGUACAAAGGGCAAAUUCAAGGCAAAGAUACAGAGGUUGCUGUCAAGCAAUUAGACAGGAAUGGAUUCCAAGGAAACAGGGAAUUUCUUGUGGAGGUCCUGAUUUUGAGUCUUCUUCAUCAUCCUAACCUUGUCAAUUUGGUAGGAUACUGUUGUGAUGGUGAUCAGAGGGUGUUAGUUUACGAAUACAUGGCCAAUGGCUCACUUGAAGAUCACCUUCUCGACAUAGGUCCAGAAAGAAAGCCUCUUGAUUGGAACACUAGGAUGAAAAUAGCUGAAGGCGCAGCAAGAGGGCUAGAAUACUUGCAUGAAACGGCAAACCCUCCAGUGAUUUACCGUGAUUUUAAAGCAUCUAACAUACUUUUAGACGAAGACUUCAAUCCGAAGCUUUCUGACUUCGGACUUGCCAAGUUAGGUCCAACAGGUGAUAAGACCCAUGUAUCUACCAGAGUAAUGGGAACAUAUGGCUACUGCGCGCCUGAGUAUGCUUUAACAGGCCAAUUGACAGCUAAGUCUGAUGUAUACAGCUUUGGCGUAGUGUUCUUGGAGAUGAUCACAGGAAGGAGAGUCAUUGACAAUUCAAGACCAAGUGAAGAACAGAACCUGAUUCAGUGGGCUCAACCGUUGUUCAAAGACAAGAAGAAGUUUCAUUUAAUGGCAGAUCCUUUGCUUGAAGGAAACUACCCUGUUAAGGCACUAUACCAAGCUCUUGCAGUUGCAGCAAUGUGCCUCCAGGAAGAAGCUACAACUCGACCUUUGAUUAGUGAUGUAGUGACUGCUUUGGCAUACCUAUCUACAGGCGAUGAAGAUGCCGAGGGUAAUGCAGAAGACACCAAAAAAUCCACCAAUGAAGGGGCAAAUGAUGUACAUAACCUUCAGCACAGUCCAUCAAAGACGCAGCAAGGGGAAACCAUAUGAUUCCAGUCUUCUAAUGUAAAAUGCCAUAGCAUGGCUCAAACCAUGGCUUCAAUUGAUAUUCCCCACUCAAUUCUUUCGCGUUUCCCUUGGAUUCCUAAGUCGUUAUGGAUAGUUGUUCUUCAUCCGCAUGGAUGUACAAGGGA